UUCCCCCUUCCUCCUCUCUCUCUCUCUCUCCUCUCUGUAGAGAGAGAAAGAGAGAGACUGCAGAAUCUGCUACAUGCCUCUCUCUCUCUCUCUCUCUCUCUCUCUACAUAACUUUUUCCCACCAACCCUUCUGUUUCUCUGUACAUUUCCUGCAACUAAAACUAAAAAAAAAAGUUCAGAGAAAAGCUUCCUCAAAUAGCUGCAAACCAGAGAGAUUAUCAGCUAGAAGGUGGAUAAAAAGAGAUUAAUUUUAAAUGCUUGGCUUGGAUAAGGCUCAUCUUUGUCAACUGUAGAUGAUGGUUUUGGGAUCUGGGAACUUUUUUAGUCGAAGAGUAAGAUGAUUUGAGGACAAAGAAGAUAAAGAAAUGGCUGCUGCUUCUGUUGAAACUAGGGAGAAAAGUGAAUUACGAAUUUUCGAAAAUUUAGAUGAUUUGGCGACCGAUUUGGCCGAAUACAUCUCGCAACUAUCAGAGAUUUCAGUAAGGGAGAGAGGGUCUUUUACUAUCGCGUUAUCCGGAGGACCGCUUGUCGGUUUGAUCGGGAAACUAUGUGAAGCUCCUUAUAGCAUGACGGUGGAUUGGACAAGAUGGUAUAUCUUCUGGACCGACGAGCGUGCUGUCGCAAAGAAUCAUGCAGAUAGCAACUACAAGACGACCAAAGAACGAUUUCUUUCGAAGGUACCUAUUCUUAACAGCCAUGUUUACUCCAUCAACGACAACGUCACCGUGGAGGAUGCAGCCGGAGAGUACGAGUUCGCCAUCCGCCAGCUGGUAAAGCUUCGCAAACUAGGCGUCUCUGAGAGCAACGACUGCCCGAAGUUCGACCUCAUCAUCCUCAGCAUGGGCCCUGACGGUCACGUGGCCUCGUUAUUCCCUGAUCAUCCAGCUCUCAGGGUGAAAGAUGAGUGGGUCACCUUCAUCACCGACUCACCCGAACCUCCGCCUGAGAGGAUCACUUUCACGCUGCCCGUGAUCAACUCAGCCUCGAAUGUUGCAGUUGUGGUUACUGGCGAGGAUAAGGCAACGGCAGCUCGUGCUGCUGUAUCUGGCAAAUGCGAGCGAACGGAUUGCUCUUCGUUAUUUCCUGCUCGAAUGGUUUGGCCAAUCGAUGGAACGUUGGCUUGGUUCUUGGAUAAGCCUGCUGCCUCGGAUCUUGGAAAUGCUGAGCACUAGUCUGUCUAAUUGCUUAGCUUUUUUCUUUUGUUAUAAUCCAAGGAGGUUUAUGCUGACCACAUGGUUUUAUAGAAAAUGUUCUGGUUACUUGGUUUUGCUAUAAUUUUCGCAAUAGAUUGUUAUGAAGGGUGACUUGUUUUGUUAGUUGAUGUAUGAUGAAGUAACACAAGAAAAUAAGUUAGUUUUUUGCUUUGCUUCAGUCUUGUAAUCGACAAUGCCAUCUUCUGCAAAAGGUGAUAUCCAUGAUCUUCUGUAAUUUUAAAAAGACAAAAAGAUCAGCAAAAGAAGACAUUUACAGAGUACUGUUGGA